AUGCCCCCCGUCCGUCGCAUCACUACGACCAAAGCCCAACGCGAACAGCCCCUCACAUAUAACCGACGCGCUGCGAAGAGGUCGGAGCAAGAGGUCGAAGCCUCACGCAAAUUCCCUUGCCCCGAGCUAGGCUGCGCGCUCGUGUAUACCUCCGAGGGGAGUCUCACCAGACACUGGAAUGCAAAUCACGACCCGAAUUUUCUGGGGUAUCAAUGUAAAUUUUGCGAACACAUCUGUUCGCAGAAGGCCCAACUAAAGGUCCACGAAAACACCCACACCAAAGAACAAGAAUGGGCGUGCUCCCACUGUUCCUACAAGGGCCCUUCCCCAUCUGCCUUGUCGAAGCAUAAGAGUCGGCCCGGGCGUUGCAAAAAGUAUCUCCCAGCAAACUCAUCUUCCCCCACGCCUUCGUUGACGAGCUCGUCCUCGUCGUCGACAUCCUCUCCACUUCGUACUCCGUCCCCACUCCAUACGGUCCCCACCGAGCCUCUCGCCGAACCUCAGGUCUACGGCGGGCACAAUACUCUUGGACUGACAGGAAUUGACGAUCCCUCCCUCGCUUCUUCUUCGCAGGAGAGCGCACAAGACGAACUUGCGAACUUCGAUCUCGACCAAUACGUGAACGUCAACUUGGACGGGCACAGUGCCUCGGCCUCUUCGUCGUCAUCCUCCCCACUCCCCACUCCGUCUCCAGUCCAUACGGACACCAGGGUCGAUCCUCUUGCCGAACCUCAGGCCUAUGAGCCCAUCACUCAAGCCGGACUGAUAGAGAUUGACGAGAGUCCCCUCGCUUCUUCCUCUCAGGUGGUCGCACAAGACGACUUUGCGAACGUCAACUUCGACUGGCAGGGGGCCAUGAAAGACGCGUUCGAUGUCACCUACGACUACGGCGUCCACGAUAGCCAGCCUAGUUUCGCCGAACCGGUCUACAGCGCGGACUACCGUGACAAUCUCACUUACAACGGCGGCUGGACGUCAUCGUGGCCUGCCCCUGAAACAUCGUCGACGUCCCACUCCCCCUCCAUCACCAACUUCGGCCACACAGACGCAGUCUCUUCGGCCGCUGGGGUGUCUCACCCAACCAACCAGUCCACCAAUGCCGGGGUCGCAAAUUGGCUAGCCAAUUAUAACUCCGCCAUCUACCCUUCGAGCUGGAGUCUCAAGGAGCUCUUGGCUUCCUGCUGGACAAAUUACGAGCUUGCUUCAAGUGCGAUAGAGGGAUCUCUAUCGAUCUAUGACACCUACUAGUCGCCAUAUUGUCUGUCGCGCCCGCCACCAGCCACCUGUGGUGUGUUCUCUCUUAUUGAUUGCUGUUCUGGUACCUGUUUUCCCUUGCCUUCUUCUCCUCUUCGCUUCAUUUCCGCAAUGUUUUCUUCGUGUCCUGAUCCUCGCAUCGUUCCCCGU